AUGAAUCUCUCAACGAGUCUCCUCGUUUUUGUGCUUCUCAUUGCUCAUCUCGUCUCUGCCGAGUUUACCAUUCCACUUGAGCGUCGCCUGGGACCAAACGGCAAGAUUGACUACGAUACUGAGAUUCGACACGUUGCAGCCAAGUAUGCCAACCAUGCGAUGGCCCAUUUCAAAAACACAGGAAAGCACCAUCAGUCCGUGAAUGGAACUACGCUUCGGAAACGAGCAGGCACAGCACGACUUGAUCUGGCGGACAACUUUGCGUGGACAGGAGAAAUUGAACUCGGGUCACCGGCUCAGGCUAGGUGGGUCAUUUUUGACAGCGGAUCGUCGGAUCUUGUCAUGAACAAAGGCAUGUACAACCACGAAGACUCGACAACAUCGAAAGACUUGAACAAAAAGUAUAGCAUGGACUAUGUCGGUGGUCCCGCAUCUGGCUCUGUGUACACGGAUCAAGUCACUAUAGGCGGGGUCAAGGUCAAGGAUGUUGUGAUCGCUGACAACAAUGAUGUCAUGAAUGGCUUGACCAGCGAGAAAAGGGAUGGAGUUCUGGGCCUAGCAUUUCCUUGGUUUAGCGGGCUGUCGGAUGUUUCGGAGCCGAACUUUGUCGAUGCAGCGAAGCAACAGAAAGCGCUGCAGAAGAACGUUUAUCAUAUGACGGCAAGGAUGAAUGGAGGAUCAACGCUCAACAUCGGCAAGAUUGAUGCUUCAGAGAUUGACGGAGAUCUUGGCUGGGUGAAGGUAAACCAAGGCGAUGGUUACUGGAAGACAGAUCUACAAAUCAACGGCAAGAAAGUCACAGGGAUUGUUGACAGUGGUACAAGUUUUGUUGUUGCCCCUGCUGACCAAUACACCAAGAUCAUUGGCGGUAUUGACAAAUUGACGGUUAAGAAGAACGACAAUGGCGAAUAUAAUGGCUAUUACAAAUGUGACGAUCCACCAGUAAUCAAAUUCAAGUUGGCUGGCAAGGAGACCACAAUGAGCGAGGAUGCCAUGUAUGCUGAUCAGGAUGGUGACCAGUGCCGCAUUUCGAUUGUCAGCAUCAACGGCUUCAAUGAUUGGAUCUUUGGAAGUACAUUCCUGGCGACAGGGUCGGUUGUGUUUGAUUUUGACAACACGCGACUUGGAUUCGGCAAGCAGACUUGA